AUGAAGGCAUCAUUCAAAGAUAUUCUACCAUUAAUAAGAAAAUUAAUUUUCAAUACGAAUGAUAUUUUUGAUAUAAGAAAAUUACUUGUUAAAUUGAACAAACAUCUGACGAUGACAUUAGAUCGAUUUCAAAAAGAAAAGCAAACAUCAUCUUUAACAACAACUAUACCACAGAAUAAUACUAUAGAUAACAAUGUCACAACACAAGUUCAAAAUAGAACUGAAGCAGUAUUGUCAACUGAAAAAGCAUUGGAUAUUGAACAGAAGCUUUUGGCUGCUGUAGAAUAUCUUAAAUUAAUUGAAGCAUAUCCAAAUACACAAUUGAUAACAUUAAAUGAAAAGAAAUUCACUGGUCAAUUCAUAUGUUCAAUAUUACUUGUUCAUAUUGAUUUACAUAAUCAAUUUCAUGCAAAAUCAAAAUUCGAACGUGGUUCUAUAAGUGGAUCGUUUUCAUUUGAAUUAGAAACUGAAACAUUUAAAUAUCUAUAUGAAAUAAUCGAGCAAUUAACAAUAGUAGAAAUAUCAUCCGAUACGAAUCAUCUUGAAUACAUUUUGAACGUUUGUUUAAGAUUAUUUACAACUCAUUUACAAUUUUUAAUAGG